GUGACGUCACGUGAAGGCGAAGCCAUCCUCGGAUCGCAUUCGGCAUUCCCUGAUUCUGAUUCCCUCCCUUCCAGAUCUAUCCACUAUCGUCUCUUCCUCCUCUCCCGUCUUCCUCUCCAAAUUCCACUCGGCCUCUCUCCUACCCACCCCCGGUAAGGUUCUCUCCGUUGCCACUGCAGUCGCUGUAUCCCUUAUUGGCUUUCCUCUCCCCAAUUCGUAGCGGCCGGAUCCGAGAAUCUCCUUUCAACAUCAAGGUAAUGGCAGAGACCGUAGAUUUAACAGGGGAUGGAGGUGUCCUUAAGACGGUGGUUAGGAAAGCAAAGGAUGAUGCCAUAAGUCCAUCUGAUAGCCUUCCCUUGGUUGAUGUUCAUUAUGAAGGUACACUGGCUGAAAACGGUGAAGUUUUUGACACCACACAUGAAGACAAUUCUAUUUUCUCAUUUGAAGUUGGGCAGGGAGCUGUCAUUAAAGCAUGGGAUUUGGCCUUAAGAACUAUGAAGGUUGGAGAAGUUGCAAAAAUAACAUGCAAGCCAGAAUAUGCGUAUGGAAGUGCAGGCUCGCCACCAGAGAUACCGGCAAAUGCAACUCUCAUUUUUGAGGUGGAGUUACUGGCCUGCAAGCCAAGGAAAGGUUCAAGUCUAGGCAGUGUAUCUGAUGAGAAAGCCAGGCUAGAGGAGCUUAAGAAACAGAGGGAGCUAGCUGCUGCUACCAAAGAGGAAGAGAAGAAGAGGAGGGAGGAAGCAAAGGCUGCUGCAGCAGCUCGUGUGCAAGCCAAACUUGAUGCAAAGAAGGGCAAGGGAAAAGGAAAGGGCAAAUAGAUUACACGGCUUAUAUAGUUUGCUGCUGAGUGCUAACUAUUGUAACCUAGAAAAUAAUCUUCAUAAAGCAACGUACUGCAAGAUUGCUUAUUAGCUAGCGUGCCUGGGGAUGCUUAUGUUAUUCCACAUUAUGGCCGUACUGAAAAGACUAAACAAUUGCAAUAAUCUAAACGCUUCUGUCCGAGUAACUAAUUAUUGGGCAACAAUGA